AUGUCUUACCUUCUUCCCCAUCUCCGCAACGGGUGGGCCGUCGACCAGGCGAUCUUGAGCGAAGAGGACCGCGUCGUGGUCAUUCGUUUCGGUUCCGACGCCGACGACACGUGCAUGCGCAUGGACGAGACCUUAGCGGGGGUGGCGGAUAAGAUUAAAAACUUUGCCAUCAUAUACUUGGUGGACAUCUCGGAGGUGCCCGAUUUUAACGCCAUGUACGAGCUGUACGACCCGUGCACGGUGAUGUUCUUCUUCCGGAACAAGCACAUACAGAUCGAUCUCGGGACGGGGAACAACAACAAGGUGAACUGGGCGAUGGACGAUAAGCAGGAGUUCAUCGACAUCGUGGAGACGGUGUACACGGGCGCGCGCAAGGGGCGGGGUUUGGUGAUCUCUCCGAGGGAUUACUCGACGAAAUAUCGAUACUAG